AUGUAUGAUAAAUUAAAAGAUUUUCAUACCCGAACAGGACAUGGGGGAAAUGUGAAGCUUCGCAUGGCUUUAAUUAAUAAAUACACGAUUCCAAGACCAGCAAUAGAAGCUUUCCUGUCAACUUGUUUAUCAAAAACAGUAAAAAACCAAUGGAUUUUAAAUUAUCAAGAUCACAGUACAAAGUUUUUAUCCUUGCGACCUCUGGAAUCCAAAAGAGCAAUUGAAGUAGCAAGAAAUUUAUUUUCAUUAUUUCUCACUUUUGGGGCUCCAAAAAUCUUGCAAAGUGAUAACGGUCGAAAAUUUGUCAACACUAUAAUUACAGAGCUCAAAACUCUGUGGCCUGACUGUGUUAUAGUGCAUGGUCGACCCAGACAUCCCCAAAGCCAAGGUAGUAUAGAACGAAGUAACCAAGACAUCGAAAAUAUGUUGAGAGCAUGGGUGGUCGAUAACAAUUCAAAAAAAUGGUCCAUUGGCUUAGAAUUCGUCCAAUUUCAAAAAAAUUGUUCCCAUCAUCGAGUAAUUAAUAGAUCUCCGCAUAAAGCUUUAUUUGGAAGUGACCCGAAAAUAGGUUUAACAACUUCAAAAUUACCAUCAGAAGUUUUGCAAAAAAUAUCAACUGAAGAGGAUUUACUAAUGUAUACCGGAGACUCAGACAGUUUUUUUGGAAGUUUUAUAAAAUGCCCGGUCGCCCGGUUUGUUUCGAAACUUCUUCUGAAUCUUCUUGCUACCUUAAGAUUUUCAGCCAUAUAUGACGAAGCUUCUAGGCUUAAAGGAUCGUAUGUUAUGCAAGCAAAGGAAGCUGAAAUUGACGGAAUAGUCAAAGUUCUAAUAUUGAAAACGAAUCAGAAGAUGGUAUUAUACAUUUAUUGGAUAAACUAA